AACAAAGCAAUCUUGCCACCAGCGCUCUGCAAGCAUUCCCUCCUGCCGCGCCUUUGCUCCGGCACUCCCAAUGGCCCAAGCUGCCUUCUGGGUUUCUAAUUGUUGAAAGCCUGCAUUCCCAGAUCUGCUUUUCCCCGGGAACCUCACCUGGGGCGCAUUUUCUCUUACGGGAUUUCCUAAAGUCCCAAAGCUGGGACCAGUUAAGUUUGCGUGUAUUAACGCUCACCGUGUCCUACCUAGGUGGCUCUAAAUCUCGGGCUUUUAUUUGUCCAUCCGGCUUUGGAGCUGAAGUUGGAGGAGGGCAGCUAACAUCCGGUUGCACGGAGGCACGGACACGGGGCUCAGGAGGAGUGGCGCGCCGCUGGCCCACCUGGACCUGGCGAGCCUUCCCGGUUCCUGGCGGUGGUCGUGCAGUCACGGGGCCUGAGGACGCGCGGCGGUGCGGGGUGAGCCACGUUGCAGCAGAACUGCCGUUUUGAAAUGCCCGGUGUUGAAAGCCGGAGUUCACCGCACUCCGUCCUGAAGGAAGGAGGCUGAGUGUUUGCUGCACUUGCUGGCUGAGCGUGACCAAGCAGCCUGUCUUCCCUUAUGAUAAAAGCCGCAUUUGGCUAAUGAGCAAAGUGACGAGGUCACCGAGUGAGACUGAGGCUAACUGGAAAACGGAGGAGGAGGAUGACAUGACAGAAGGUGACCUAGGGUAUGGCCUCGGAGGAAGACCUGGCAGGAUUUAUGAAGUUUCGUGUUCGAGUACAUCUAAGAAAAGGUCAGAUGGAAGGAACCUGAGCCCCCCUCCGUUUCCAAGAAAGGGGGAAGAAAGAAGCGAAACCAUUUUUCAGUAUUCCGGGACUGAGGGCUUGUGGGAUACAUGUCCUCACGGAUGCAGAGCGACCGGCUACGGACUGCAGGAUACAUGCGCUCACGGACGCAGAGUGUCCGGCUACAGGCGGCAGAGCAGCGCUGGUGAGAACUCCUCCCCUGAUUCUAACUCAGAAUUGUCAAAUGAACAAUUAAGGCAACGUCUUCAUGAAACUUUAGAGGAAGUAGAGAUUUUAAAAACUGAACUUGAAGCCUCUCAAAGACAACUUGAAGGUAAAGAGGAAGCAUUAAAAAUCCUUCAAAGCAUGGCAGUGCUUGACAAGGCCACAAGUCACACACAGACAAUGCUUCAAAAAACCAUAGAACAAAAGAGAUCUUUGGAGAAGGAAAUAAAUGCCUUGCAGUGGGAAAUGGAAUUUGAUCAGGAUAGAUUUAAAAACAUAGAGGAAUCGUGGAUCCAAAAAUAUGACAGACUAAGAUGUGAUAAUGCUGUCCUAAGAGAGAAUCUGAAGGUGAAAACAGAAGAAAUUAAAGUGCUCAAGUCUGAAAAUGCUGUUUUGAACCAGCGGUAUUUGGAGGUCCUUGCCAUGCUUGACAUCAAACAGCAGAAGGUGGCUCAGGAGAACAUGGCUCAGGAGGACAGUGCCUUUACAGAGGUAUCCGGACUCGAGCUUGCAGUCCUCGGCGCCUGCCUGUGUCGCGGUCCUGGAGGGAACCCAUGUUCUUGUGCCAGAAUGGCAGCAUCCACUCGGAAACUGGUUCUUCAGCUCAGACGUGAGUUGGAAAUUCUGCAGAAAAGUAAGGAAGAGGCUCAUAUAAUGGCAGAUGCAUUCAGAAUUGCUUUUGAGCAACAAUUAACGAGGAAAAACGACCAGGCGCUGAGACUGGCACACGUGGACAAGUGUAGACGAGCGGCCGCGUGGACCAACAGGCAGCACCUGAAAGACGAGGUUCCAGGAUAUGCAUCCCAAAGGAGAAAGAAGACCAUAGGGCAGCGACUGCUGGGGAUGCUCCCUUCAGAAAACAGUUCGAAGAGGACUGAAGAACAAGACAGCCCACAAGAAGUCCUUAAGAUGCUAAUAGACUUGUUGAAUGACAAAGAAGAAGCACUGGCUCAUCAAAGAAAGGUCAGUUACAUGCUUGCUCGGGCGCUGGAAGACAAAGACAUUGCCGCCAAGAAGAAUAAGGACAAAAUUCUCACGAGCCAGAAGUGCCCAUUCAUAACCCCCUGGCAGGAAGCUUCAGGACGCUGUGUUUUGCGUGAUCCAGCACACUCAAAUGUCCAUGUUUCCGAUCCUGUGGGUUGUAUUUGUUCAGUCCACCAUCCCCAGAGAGAUUCAGACUGCUCAAGAACUCUUAAAAGAUCCCAUUCUUUGCCAUCAAAUAUAUUUAAAAAAUAAACCAGAUGGAAUCAGAAUUAGAGCUGUUAAAAAUCAGGUUCUGAUUUACAAAGUAGUAAGUACUACUAAUAAUACGUGUAUUAACAAUGUAUGUGUUUAACCACAUCCCUCCCUUUUAAUUUUAGGAUGCAGAUUAAGUACUCAAACCUUUAACACAUGUUCUAUAAGAAAUGUAUUAAUACUGUACUUUAUAUGUACUACGUUGACAUUUUGUUUAUAAAGUGCUUUUUCAUAUUU